UGCGUGGAACCAUGACAAAGGGGAAGUAGGCCAGGGCGUGUGGAUGUGGCCGAGAAUCGAGAACAGCAGCAGCCCCAAGUGAACGUCGAUCGAGUGUAUGUAUGUAUAAGAAUCGAGUUCCCCAAAGCAAAUAUGGUGUGGACGAAGACGACGGUCAUGUCGCUGUGGCAAUACGAUCAAUUCUGGACACAAAACAUAGAGAUGGAGGAUAGUCAUGUCGCCGGAUGGUCGUCGCCCUUCUCGUUCACCUGCUGCUGGACAUGGACCUUCGCCGUCAUCCUCGUCAUAUUCACUUGCCGCGCGCUCCGCCUCCGCCUUCCCGCCGGAGGACUGUACUUUUUAUCCUCGCCUUCUACCACGCCUAGAUCGAAUUCUCUUCCCUCAAGCAGAAUUGCUCCGCAAGUAAUCUCUGAUUCGGAUUUGAAGGACCUCAUCAAUUGCCUUGACGGUGGUUGCCCUAACGACAGCGUCUGGGAAAAUGCAAUCGACAAGAGAAACAACUCAGUUUCCUACAGUGCUAAGUGUUUCAAGCCUAAGGAUGGUCCUAUGAAGUAUCUGACUGUGACUACAUUCGAGGGUUGUCCGGCGGAGUUUCUGUUAAAAUUUUUCAUGGAUAACCAUUAUAGGAUGGAGUGGGACAAAUCCGUGGUUAGCCAUCAGCAGUUGCAGCGAGACAUUCAAUCUGGAAUUGAAAUUGGUUGCACCAUUAAAAAGUUUCCAUUCUUGAGUCCCCGGGAGUAUGUGUUGGCUUGGAAACUAUGGCAAGGACGGGAUGGAUCCUUUUACUGCGUUAGUAAGGAAUGUGAACAUCCUUUGGCUCCUAAAGGUUCGAAGCACGUAAGAGUUUCACUUUUCAGAUCUGGGUGGAGAAUCAAGAAAGUUGUUGGUAGAAAUGCAUCUGAGAUCAGAAUGGUGCACCAAGAAGAUGCUGGUCUGAAUGCAGAAAUGGCAAAACUGGCCUUUUCGAAAGGGAUAUGGAGUUUUGUGUGCAAGAUGGAUGAUGCACUUAGAAAAUAUUCUGCCAGACAACAGCAUCAACUCAGUUCAAGUAUUGCCGAUUUCAAGUCUAUUCAAAAGCAGGUACCGCUUGAAUUUGAAGUUACAGACAAUGAAAGCAGCAAUGAUCAUCCAGAUAAGUCAAUUAAAUCUUCGAGUGGUACUGCAGCAGGGAGUCGCAAGCUGAACACAAGGAGACUUCAUAGAAGGCCCUCAUCUAAGCUGAUCACAAAUGGAUUACUUCUCCUUGGCGGUGCUAUCUGCCUCUCCAGAGGCCAUUCAAGCUUCGGUGCUAAGGUUGCCAUGGCCUAUAUGUUGAGCAAACUUACAAAGAGGAAGAUAGCAUCACCUACUACCGUGCAGCCAACAUCCUUGAAUACAAGAUGAAAUAUGGUCCAUUUACGAUGCCAACUAGAUGAAAUAUGAUGUAUACUCUCUUUCUUAAGUUUUGAAGUUGAUUCUCAACUUGUAUAGCUAUAGUGUAAGUUACUUUUCAAAGCCAAAACACAACCUGACUAUACUGAA